AUGUCUUCCACAUCCUCCAUCCUCACUCUCCCGGCAGUCGACGAGCCCCUUGAGCUAACAAAGACAGCCCCCAUACUCGACCCCAAGAUCCCCUUCUUCAAGUACCUCGACAUGCUUACCACCAUCUCUCAAAACGCCCUCUCCCUCCGUCAACAGGCCUACGAGAUCUUCCUCGCCCUCAACCCCAGCUUCUCUUACGCUUCCUCUUUCUCUGCCUCUGCCUCGAGCCUUAGCAUCCGCCAACAGCCCGUCAAGGUCAACAAAAAGAUCGAAACCCUCUUGGAGUCGAGCAUGAUCCUUCUUCAACGCUACUAUCUCAUCGUCCAUGUCUCGCUCCCGAAACUCCCUUCCUUCCGUCGACGCACUCACGGGAACUCUCUGAAGGCUUACGAGGUCAGGGCCGCCGGGUAUCAGGUGGACUUGAAGCAGUACCAGGAGGAAGGCGGGUUGCUCUAUUUGAAAGCCUGUUUUGUGCGAGCCAAGGCUGCCGAACGGGAUCUGAACAAGCCUGUCGAGCCAUCUUUUCAGGUUGCUGGUGGCGCUAGCGCUGGUGGUGCUGGUGGUGCUCCUUCUCCUUCACCUGACGGACAGAUGGUUGCAAAGGCGCCUACUACUUGGGCAAAGUCUGUGCCUACCGCCAAAUCCACCGACAAAAAGGACCCUGAACCAUCCACCGGCUCGACUACGAUUGCGACACUCCCUGUUGUUGUUAUGGUGGAAACUCCACCUAAGACCAAGGACCAUUCGAGUGUCCUAGUCGCCGUAGUCAAGCGUCCUCCCAAGACCAAGGACCCACCGAGUGUCCCUGUCCCUGACGUUGUUGUUGAUGAACAGUCACCAAAAACCAAGGAACAACAAAGCGUCCUCACUGCCGUCGCCUCCAUUUUUCCCUCAUCCCCUCCUCCCAGCCGCCAUUCCAGUCGUCGCAAGAAAUCGGGCCCCGAGGCCCAGGUCAAGGUCGAGGUUGAAGUUGAGGUGACCUCUACAACAAUAAAUACUGCAGCAAUUGCAUCUGCACCCGCAACUGCAGGUGAGACAACAUCGCAAGCACCAUCCAAACCAGCGGCGCUGAAUUCCACCUCCCUGUGGAAACUAGAGAGGGACCUUGAAAGACUCCAAAAGUCCGGAGCGACAAUGAAAGACCAGUCUGCCCUCAUUCGUACACGAGCACCCAAAUCGACUGUAACUGCGAUUCCAACGACAGCAGCUCCCUCCACACCUACCGCAACUCCGGCUCUUUUGACUGCAGCCGCUCUGGCUCAACUAUCGAUUGCAACCUCACCAACCGCUACCUCAACACCACUCCGCUCAUAUCUGCCAGCAGCCACCUCGCGGCCUUCACCAGCAGCUCCCUCCGCCUUAAUUUCAACGCCAGUUCACCCGACACCGGCUACAGUUAACGAGCACCCCUCGACUGUUGUCAUCCCUGAGAAUACAACUACGGCGGAACAGCCCAAACGAUCUGCCAAGGUCGACACUGUUGUUAUUCCAGCAGUGACACUGACAACACCCACUCCUGCAGGGACACCUUCCACAACCCACAAACCUUCGACUACUCGAGUAACACUAUCCUACAGCCCACCCAAGGAGGCGGCGAAAUCCACAAACAAGCGCAUUUCGCCAGCAACGGGGGCUAUCAAGGGCAGCGGUGUUGUCCGCAACUUGAUUCGUCAGUAUGAGACCCCUUCGUCUGCGUCCUCAACCUCCAGUCAGUCUGACCGUCCGGAUCUGCAAAUGAACCGGAGAAAGAAGCCGACAACAACAACAGCUGUUACGACUUCUUUGACCACACCUGCAGGAGCACCAGCAAUAGCGGCAAAUGGUUUGAAAACAGGAAACCCCUCCACCUCCACCAUCACUGUUGCUGCUUCGACAAAAACAGAAACAGGAACAACAACUACGAGAGGAGCGGGGGUGGGUACAGGUUUGCUUUCGCGUACGAGAAAGGAUGCUUCGCCCGAUUUGGGUGACAAACAGAUUCUUUCAUCCUUAUCAUACCGUGACCAUUUGGGCCUUGCGCCAGUUUCAGCCUCGGUUGUGAAGACUCGCCCCGUCCAGAACACCCCUACCAGGAACAGGGGCUCCAUCCGUGCCGAAAACAACAACAAUGGACUCACUCAACCUAUAGACCCACCAGUCCCCAACACCUCGGCCUCGAGUGCCUCGCAUUCUUUGUCCAAGGCUCAGUCGGCCAUCACAAAGUCGGCCCUGAUCCUUGAGACACACCAAACGACUCACACGCAGGGCCAAUCGCGAGAUCAGGCCUCCAAGCCCAGGACUGCUGCCGAGGCUGUCAAAGAUUCGUACCUGCACAGGUCUCAGACCAAUGUUGGCGCUGACAAACAAUCGUCGUUGCAAGUGCCAGCACAAGGACAGCAGAGUCGAAUCAGACCUACAUUCAACGACAACGACCUUUGGAAUAACCAAUCCCCACCUCUCAGCCAGGCACGAAUGGUGUCCAGCAGCUCAGCCAACACUGCGAUUGCGACAAUUUUCCGCGCCGGAGCUGAGAGUAAGCCAGUCGUUGCUUUGGGGGAUCCUUCCUUUACUCCAUCCAACCCUCCACUCGGGGCUCGCCCUGUUGCAGCCGUGAUGUCAAAAGCCAACUUCAGCAACCGAUCGAGCCCCAUCUCAACGCCGUCCAAGGCCAUGUCGUCUCAAGAAUCCAUCAAAUCUUGGAGACGCGAUGUCCCUGUUGCCGCCUCUGUCAGUCACCCUCCCAAUAUGUGUAUUCAGGACGAGAAUAUUAGUACAUCUGCGGGACCUAAUACAAACCAACCCGCUGUCGACUGGUUGAGCGAGGCAGACUACGAGGACAACGAUGAAGAGGAUGAUGGCCUGAGCCAUGUCGACCUGAUCCGCAUCCCCACUAUGAGCUCAGUUCGUUCCUCUGCUACUACCACCACAUCUUUUUCGGCUUCGCAUCCAUUGGGCUCUGACCGGUUCAAGCCACGCCACCGACCCAGUCUCAGUAGCGCCUUGGUCCAGGAAAAGAAACAAGAGGAAACAACAAAGGAGGAUGGCAAGGAGGUUAAGAGAAAACCGUCAAGAUAUGUCCCCGAUACGGAUGAGAGCGACACUGACACUGCCAACCUGCAGAUUUUGGAAGUGCCCCCUACCCGAGAUACACAAGCUUGGCAUGAGAUGCGGUCCCGUGUACUGGAACACGAACGAGAGGAAGAGGAGAGGCGCCGACUUGAAGAGGAUGGUGGUGAUGGCGGAGGGCCAGAGAAUAAUUAUGGUGGAUAUUCUCAAUUGGAGCCGCAGCCUCGACAUGACAGCAAGUAUUCGACCACACGAGCCAAUACCAACCGUCAGCGACAGACUGCUACAUCUUCGCAACCAAAGCUCAGUCACGCCCUCAAGUCCAGAGCUCCCUCGUUCACACAACCAUUCAAACCCGAGCACCACCACCCAUUCCAGCACUUGUCCAUCAACAGCACCCACCAGCACGUCUCCCAGCAUGGACCAAGAUCCACGGGACAUUACGCUUCAACCAUUUCAUCUACAUCAACCCGUUCCAUCCGCCAACCAUCCCUCGCCCACUCAAUUUCGCCCGCAUCCUCAGCACUCAUAUCCCUCAGGGGCACACCCGCCCCAACAGUGGCCCCCUCCAUCAAAUCCUUCGCCACCGGAUCAACUACGACCCUCGAACCCCCCAAAUUUUACCCUCCUUCUUUCACCUCCUCCACUGUUGCCAAUGCAGCUCCACGAUCGCACUACCCGAAUCAGGGCCAGACGGACGACGGCACGACUGAUAUGGCUAUGCGCAAUAUCCGUGCGCGCGAGGCUAAGGUGUUGGGCUCGCUGGCCGAGCCUACCCUUGGCUCUCAGUUGCGACAGUUGAAUGCUCAAAGCGCUGCUACCCUUGUCAGGAAUAGAUCGUACUAUGGUCAUCAACACCAACAAAGCCAACAACAGCACCAACAGCAUCAACACCAGUAG